UUUAUGUUUUGGGCUGUAAUGCCUCUCUGUUUUUCCUAAAUAGGGAUUAAAAUUAGAAAAUAGUAGCUCUGCAGUGCCUCAGAAACUUUCAGUGGUAAUCUGAAUUAAGUGGGAUGUGCAGGAUCCCAGUUUUUCUGAGUUCCUUCUGGUGUUAAUUUUUCUAUAAUACUGUUGAAGUGCUGGGUACAUAAUAUUUUCAUUAUCUGUUAUCCAGCUUUUUGCUUGUGGUGUGGAGAUACUAGUGCAAGGGAAACGUAUACCCGUGUACCUUCAUAUGAGGGCACAGAGUAUCUCAGCUGCACUUCAUUACAUAAGAUGAGUGGAUUGGAGUAGCACCUGAGACUCUCAGGUGCUUUUGUUUGGGUUAAUUUUUUUUCACAGUACUGGUAUGGGGCUGUUUUGAAUUUGUGCUAGAGACAGUGUUGAUAACACAAGGAUAUUUUCCUUACUGCUGAGCAGGGCUUGCACAGAUUCAAGGCUUUUUCUGCCUCCCUCCCCAACAGUGAAGAGACUGGGGGUGCACAAGGAGCUGGGAGGGGACACAGCUGGGACAGCCAGCCCCAGCUGACCCAACAUGUGUCCUGUAACAUAUGGAGUCAUGCUCAGCAUGUAAAAUGGGAAGAAGGAAGGAAGGGUGUUUGGAGUGACGGGGUUGACUUCCCAAGUUACAGUUAUGUGUGAUGGUGCCCGGAUUCCCUGGAGAUGGCUGAACACCAGCCUGCCCCUGGGAAGUGGUGAAUGAAUUCCUUGUUUUGCUUUGCUUGUGUGUGCAACUUUUGCUUUGCUUAUUAAAUUGUGUUUAUCUCAACCCACAAGUGUUCUUACUUUCACUCUUUCAAUUUUCUCCUCCAUCCCACCUGGGGUGAGUGAAGGAGCAGCCACUGAGUGGUGAUUAGUUACCAGCUGGGGUUAAACCACAACAGACUAACAGCCAGAAACACAGGAGGUAGGACAGAAGUUACCUGAGAGGAAGCAACUGCUGUCUUCAGGCUGUUGUGAAAAUUUUUGGAACAUUUUGAAGAAGUAUUCCUUCUGAUUUGCCCUGCUUUGGAUAGUUGGAGUCAGAAAGCUUUUAAAGGCAAAUGACAAGAACAAAAGGAAAAGAAUUUCUUGCUGACCUCUUACAGAGACUGUUGAACUAAAAACAUGGACAGAGCCUACGGUGUCAGCUCUGUAACCAGGGCGUCUGCAAACAGAAGUGAUCUGGCAGCUCUGGUAUUUUUAGCUCCAAACAAGAUGAAGAUCCCCUCUUUGCUGCUGAGAUUCCCUCGUUGUUAUUUCUCCAGAAGAACUUACUUCAUGAACUUUCGCUUUGCUUCCCGAGCAGGUUUCCUGGGCGUCGAGUCUCUUGGGCCAGCGCACGGCUGCCAUACAAAAUGGAUUUGUUCAUCAAAUGCUUGGAGGAGGGAGCUGUGCCAGCAAGCAGCCCCUGAGCAGCAAGCAGAGGGACUUUCUGACCGGGAGCAGAGACUUGUAGACAGACUUUACCAGGGGCUAAUCCAGGGCCACAGAGCCUGCUUAGCCGAAGCCAUUACACUCAUAGAAUCAACUCAGAGUAGGAAGAAGAAAGUAGCCCAGGUGCUCCUUCAGAAGGUAUUAUCCUACCACAGGGAACAAGAAAAGUUAAAUCAAGGAAAGCCACUUGCCUUUAGAGUGGGGUUGUCUGGUCCUCCUGGUGCUGGAAAGUCGACCUUCAUAGAAUGCUUUGGGAAGAUGCUUACGGAAAGAAACCACAAAGUGUCUGUGCUGGCUGUAGACCCUUCCUCUAGUACAAGUGGUGGUUCCCUGCUGGGUGAUAAAACACGGAUGACUGAGUUGUCGAGAGACAUGAAUGCAUACAUCAGACCAUCUCCAACCAGUGGGACACUGGGAGGUGUCACAAGGACCACAAAUGAGGCCAUUCUGCUCUGUGAAGGAGGAGGCUACGAUGUUGUUCUUGUGGAAACAGUAGGUGUGGGCCAGUCAGAAUUUGCUGUGGCUGAUAUGGUUGAUAUGUUUAUAUUACUGCUACCACCUGCGGGUGGGGAUGAAUUACAGGGCAUCAAGCGGGGCAUCAUUGAGAUGGCAGACCUGGUUGCUAUCAAUAAGGCUGAUGGUGACUUAGUUGUGCCCGCCCGGAGGAUCCAGGCUGAGUACAUCAGUGCCAUGAAGCUGCUUCGCAGGCGGUCAAAGGUUUGGAGGCCAAAGGUCAUGCGCAUCUCCGCCAAAACCGGGGAGGGCGUCUCGGAUAUGUGGGACAAAAUGACCGAGUUCCGCGACCUCGCGCUCACCAGCGGCGAGCUGCUUGCCAAGCGGCGGAAACAGCAGAAGGUGUGGAUGUGGAACCUCAUCCAGGAAAACAUGCUGCAGCAUUUCCGCAGUCACCUGGCAGUCAAGGAUAAGAUCCCACUUCUGGAGGAAAAAGUUCUUCAAGGGGUCUUGUCUCCCGGGCUGGCAGCAGACCUGCUGCUGAAGGCAUUCAAGGAUGGUCUCUAAGCAUUGUUUUCUACUCUGUUCUUGAUGGGUGCUUUAUGUAAACGUGAACAUUAAAUACACUUUUUCUAUGUGUGGAUUCAGAUGUUUUGCUGCAGCAGAAAUGAAUGGAAAACGUAUCCAGUACUCAGCAAAAGAAUUCUGUUGGAUUCUGUAUAUGCAGUGAUCAUGACAGAUCUAAACACUUACUAAGAGGUUACUACACACUACUGGAAUAAAAUAAAUUUCCGAAUCUUCUAUUUCUGCAUGCCUUAGAUCUGUUGAUAAAACCUGGAUGCCCAUGUAAAAUGAUUUGGUCUGGGGAGGGCAGGAGAGUGAGGUUUGUGGUGGUGCAGGGUUUGAUUCUGGUUGUGGGGUCAUCUCAGAGCAGUUGACACUGCAGCUUUCCAUUCUAAUAUAGCAGCAGCUGUUGCCAGAAUGGAUUGCAUUUUCUUUCCUCACCGUGAGUGACAGCAAGAACAUUGCACUGCCUGACAGCACCAGACCACAGCCUUAGUUUUAAAUAAAUUGUAUGCAUAUAAAUAGGACAUAGUGGUGUUUGGUCCCUCUUUGGAAGCUGUAGUUAGUUAUUACGCACUGUACAGUAGGAGAAGGGAAUUUUAACCAUCUGGUUUCAAAAUAGAUGUUUUAUUAAAAAGCAAAAUGUAGUUAGACUUUCUUUUCAUGAAGACAUCAGAUUGGACAAAUGUUACCCAUGAUAUUUUAAUAGCAAAUGUCUUUAUACUAGAAUAAUUUGUCUCUAAAAAUAGUGUUUUGUGGUUUUCUGAGCUGACUUACGUUUUUUGGAUUCAAACAAAAUGGUCAGUCGUGUUUGGUAUUUUUUCUUUAUCUCUUGCAGAAGACAGGACUGCUUCCAACCAAAAGCACUUUUAUUUUUGAUUUUCCCUUGAGAAGAAUCUGGAGGAAACAUUUUCCUGAUCUAUGAUCUAGAAAGCAGAGCUCAUCUGGUACCCACUAAAUGUGAAGGAUAAAGUGGAAAACCACUGAUUUUUGGAGACCUGACCGUAAAACAGGAGAAUUUGUGAGCCUGUUGGUACUUAGAUAGAUUAAUUUUUAAGGAAUAUAUUGGAAGUGAUAAUUUUCAGUUUUGAUUUUCUGGACAUGUAUGUAAAAGGUAUGGUGACUUUAGCUCAAUUUCACCUGUUUGGAUUCUGGCAACCCAAUUCCAGUAUAGCAGUGAAUUGGGUUACUUAAAUCCUCUUUUUACCUUCAUGGUGUUUGUUCAGGGUUUUUUCCUCUCAAAAUACUUUUUCCUCUUCAUUCCCCUUUUCCCAGUUGUUAUAUCGUGAUCCCAACUUUUGCCUGCUGGGCACAGUUUGCAGUGAAACACUAAGGCAGGGCAUUGGGGUGUUUUGGGGGCCAUACAGCUGAGGCAUUUCCUUGGUAAGAAAGUUUGCACAGGGGUAGCUGGUGUUAGUGGUUUCCACCACCUAAAUAGUCAGAAUUUCUGAGCUCUGACCACUUACUCACUCCUGUUUCCUAAUCUCUGCUGUGGGGUUGCUGCAGUCAGUUCCAAAGAGGCAGCUGAAGGAAUGUGUGGAGUGGCAGAAGCACAGUGACUUUGUCAUGACCAUGCUGAAUUGUGAGAGAAAUGCAGUGCUUACAGUUUCUUUUUUAUUUAAACACCUCUAUUGAAUAUGACAGAGUGCCCCAAACCAAGAGCAAUGUCUUGUGUCCUUUGAGUCCUUUCAGCUUUAAGUACUGACUGUAUUUCGUGGUACCUUGUAGAAGAAAUGGCAGUCAGGUGGGGAACAAAUUAAUGAGAGCAGCAGCAUUUUAACCGGUGAGUUCUCAAUUUUUUGAUAGUCCCUUUGUUUAAGGUGGCAGUUUUUGAGGUCACCUCAUUUGUGUUUAUCUGCUAGAUCAGACCCUUAUUAUGGCCAUUGCUGCUUCUGUCAGGACUGCUGUUUUCCUUGUCUGUUAUACAUGAGCUGCCAAGCAAGUAAAACAGAACCUGUAGCUUUGUUUAAAUGACACCAGCUCAGGCAGAGUAUGUUUUACAGCUUCUUCAGUAUUUGUUUUCUGGAUGCAGAUCUACUGAUCCACUCAAGCCGUGGGCUAUCAUUAUUUUCUCAUUUUGUUGCUUCUUUUAUAAUAUUGUUAAUUUAUAAAUGAACUCUUAGCAGAAGUACAAUGGCUUAAGCAGGUUCUUCAAACUGCAUUUUCCUUUUAAAGUAGAGCAUUAAAUGAAAAUAUUAUUUAAAAUCUGAUUUGCCUUCUUUAUGUGUUCAGUUAUGCCUCAUGCUUCAGUAGAUGGAGAAAUAUCCUUGUAUUGAAAGGAGUCUUUGGAAAUGAAGCAGUAAAUGAGGGUCCCUGUUUUGUUUUUCAGUGAUUCCCCUGCCAAACUGAAAAGCUGUCCUGUGCAAACUAUGAACUGAGCCUUUCAUGUAGUAAUGAAAUAGUUUGGUUUACAGCCUGUCAGAUUUUGCUGUGAUGUGUUUUGGAGUCAGCUGCUGCUCAGUUAAUUGUGCAGUUUUGUUCAUGUUCUCGUGGGCUGGGCAGAUGCAUUGUCUUCAGAAGGUCUGCAGAGCUUCAGCUGGUCAGCUACAACUCCAUAAACAAUCCACUGUGUCCCAAGAUAGGGAAGAAUGUUCCCAGCUCAUAAUUUUUAGCUUUGUGGGAUUAACUUGGCUAAAAUGCAUUAAAAUAUUGUUAUUCAAGUAAACAGGCUUCUGAAAAAAAGAUAGUAAACAAAUCUGUUGAGUAGGAUGUUGACAUAUUCUUAGUUUCUGGAGUUGUCAGGCUGCUCUCAUGUUAACACUUAAACCCACAGCUACUGCAGAAUAGUAUGGGAAAAUAAUACAACUUCAUGAGAAGUCAAUAGCAAGAGGAGGUUUGUAGCUGGAGGUAUGACAAACUGUUAGACAAAUGAGUAAGGGAGGUCAGGAAUAAACUGUUUAGGAUACACAAAGUAAUUUUCUACGAAGUCUUGCAGUUGUCUGUAAGUGUGAAACUUUUCCCCAGGUCCCUGUGUAAUAGAUGUUGCUGGUGUUUCACAGCUGGCAGAAACAAGUGUGGUGAGAUCAAGUGAUUUACCCAGGACUCUGGAACAGGUCAGAGAGUGUAAGGGUUACAGUUCAAUAGUCUUUACUCUGAGCCCCACAUAUAUUUACAGCCACGUUACUUAAGGUUGAAAAAAUGCUCUUAGCAAGUUCAUGCUCUUAGUGUGACUUAUUCCUUUCAUAUCUAAUCUCUCUGUUUUCAGUGACAGGACCCAGUGACCCCUUCCUGACUACUGUUCUGUUGUAAUGUCCUGCUUUAAGUAAUAAAAAACUUUGAUAUCUAA